GGUAUAAAGUACUUUUCUUGGAGGUGGAGGAACCAGUCACUGCUCCGGGAUCACCAUGAGGAACCUUCUGAUAAGCGUCGCGGUGCUGCUCUGUGUAGCCCAGCUGGGUUACUCCUAUGAAUGCUACACCUGCACUAUGGCCACAAGUGAUGCGUCGUGCACAGCGGUGACCAACUGCACCGGCUCCACCCCCUUCUGUGGGACUUCACACAUUCAAGGCGUUUUCGUGAAUUGGAUCAGCAAAUAUUGCUCGGCUGCCUGUGUCAACGCCAAUCAGAACUUCACCGUUGUGUCCGCCUCCGAAAAUUGCUGUACGUCCGACCGCUGUAAUACCCAGAAGAUCGGAGAUGCCAACAGCUGGCUCGACGCCUUCGGCAACGGAGCCCGUGGGUUGUCCAGCAGCGCCUUCCUGAUGGCGGUCCUCGGUCUCCUGAGUUAUAUGUUUGCCUUCUAAACCCAACGCCUUCCGAUUUCCACCCCGGAGGACUUGGUCACCUACAUACGGAUCAGUCACGAGUCUCUUCAAAAAAAAAUCCUCCUGCUUCUGCAAUAUUGCUUGACCUGGGUGAUCCGGGUGAUUUGAGUGAUUCGGGUGAUCCGGGUGAUCCGAGUUAUCCGGGUGAUCCGGGUGAUCUGGGUGAUCCGGGUGAUUCGAGUGAUCCGGGUGAUCCGGGUGAUCCGAGUGAUCCGGGUGAUCCGGGUGAUUUGAGUGAUCCGGGUGAUCCGAGUGAUCCGGGUGAGGUGAUAGGAUGCAUUUCCAUCAAAUUCGACUUUAGCCUUUAGACAAGGGUGCCCCAUAA